AUGCUUCGGUUCCUGGGGGCGUUUCUGUACCAGGACACCAGUCUGCUGCAGAAGGUGAGGGAGGCGUCUCUGCUGCCGGCGCUGCAGGCGGUGGUGGCGAGUCCGCCGGUGUGCAUGCAGCUGUGGGAGGUGCUGGCCUGCCUGCCCUUCCAGGAGCGCUACCGCCUCUAUGGCGAGUGGGAGCGGGAGAACGAGACCAACCCCCUAGUGCUCGCUGCCCGGCAGAUUGCACGGCUGGACACACGGCGCACGCUGAAGCGGCUGGCGAAGGAGAAUCUGAAGCCGACGGGGCGCAUGGUGGCGAAGUUGGCGCACUCCAACCCGCUCACCGUGCUGCGGACCAUCGUGGUGCAGGUGGAGGCAUACAAGGAGAUGAUCCCGCCUGUCGUCGAUGCCUUCAAGUACUUCAACCAGCUGGAGUUUGACAUUCUCGAGUACGUGGUGAUAGAGCGACUGGCACUGCAGCGCAGCACCAUCAAGGAGGACGGACUCAACAUCGCCGACUGGCUGCAGUGCCUCGCCUCCUUCUGGGGCUCUGUCUGCAAGAAGUACCCUCUGGUGGAGCUGCGAGGGCUGCUAAGCUAUCUGGUGAAUCGGCUGCACCAAGGGGAGGCGGUGGAGCUGGUGCUGCUGCAGGAGCUGAUGGAGCAGAUGGCUGGCAUCGAGUCAAAUGAGAACCUCACAGAGGAGCAGCUUGAGUCACUGGCUGGCGGGGAGACCCUCCGGCAGCUCACUGCUAGCUUCGGGCAGGACAAGAACAACAAGGCAAUGGCGCGGUCCAUGGGGCGGCUGAAGGACUCUCUGCUGCCGGGCAAGGGCGAGCCGAACCUGGCUGUGCCGCUGCUGGUGCUCAUUGCCAGGCAGCGAUCCAACAUCGUAUUCGAGGCAGAGGGAUCACACAUCAAGCUACUCAGCGAGCACUUCGACCGCUGCCACCUCAUCAUGCUACAGUACGCGCAGUUCCUCUCCGCCGCCCUCUCGCCGCCCGCCGCGUACGCCGCCUUCGUCCCGACCCUGCACGCGCUCUCCCAGCGCUUCCACAUGCCGCCCGAAGCCGCCUUCCUCUUCUACCGCCCGGUGCUUCGCCUCUUCAAGCCCUGCCCUGAUUCCCCCGUGUCCUGGCCGGCUCUUGCUGCUGGGGGUGUGCACUGGAGGGACGUGGUGGAGUGGGUCCGAAACAUGCCGCCCGCAGCAGCGUGGCGGGGCCUGUCGCCGCCCUUCUACCUGCUCUUCUGGGGGCUGUCGCUCUGCGACCUGCAUGUGCCACGGCAGCGGUACGAGGCCGAGAUGGCCAAGCAGAGGGCGUUGCUGCGCUCCCUCGAGGACAUUGGGGACUCCUCAGGAUCAGCCAUCCAGAAGCGCAAGAAGGAGAAGGAACGUGUGCAGGAGCUGUUGGACCGGCUCUCAGCCGAGCUGGCUCGGCAGCAGGCUCGGGUCGAGGCAGUGCAGCGGCGGCUGGUUCGGGAUCGGGCACGCUGGCUGAGCCCUGCAGCCGUGCCGGACAGCUGGCGCAUCGUGCCGUGCUUCCUGCACCACUGCGUCAUUCCGAGGGUUCUGAUGAGCCCGGAGGAUGCAGUCUAUUGCGCCAAGUUCAUCCUCCGCAUGCAUGCGGCGGCCACCCCGCAGUUCUGCACGUUCCAGAUGGUGGACGCCUUUGUUUGCAAGAGCUUCCACCCGCUGCUCGCCAGCUCCUCUGAAGCCGAGGCGGGCCGCCUGGGGCGGUUCGUGCUGGAGAUUCUGCAGGCCAUCUACCGGUGGAAGAGCGAUGCAGGGGUGUACAACGCGGAGUGUCUGGAGCACCCCGGGUCAUCCAAGAGUGUGAUGAAGAAACCCAACAACAACAUGACGCUCGACCAGUUCCGCACGAUCAACUGGAAGUGGAACGCGAAGCUAGUGAAGGUGCUGUCCACCCUGCUCGAGUCCACCGAGUACAUGCACAUUCGCAACGCCCUCACACUGCUAUCCCGCGUCUCUGCCGUCUUCCCCGUCACCAAGCGCGGGGGACUCGUGCUCGAGCGCAAGCAUCUCAUGAUCUCAUUGUUCCAUCACACGGCCAUGCCAUCAUGCCAUCAUCUCGUCAUGUCAUGCCAUCAUCUCGUCAUGUCAUGCCAUCAUCUCGUCAUGUCAUGCCAUCAUCUCGUCAUGACAUGCCAUCAUCUCGUCAUGUCAUGCCAUCAUCUCGUCAUGUCAUGCCAACAUCUCGUCAUGCCAUCAUCUCGUCAUGUAAAUCGCCUCAAGGCAGAGGAGCGCCAGGAUUUGAAACUCAUGGCCACCAGUGUGUCGGCUGCACUCAAUGCCAAGAAGGGGGUGGGGCGGAAGGGGACAGGGGGAGGGAUGAAGAGAUGGAAACUAAGGGAGGGAGGAGAGUUGAGGAAGGGAGGGAGGGGAAAGAAGGAGAGGGAGAGGGAGAGGGAGAGAAGAGGGUCUGGUGGGGGUGGUAGGCACGAAGAAAGGGCAGGGAGGGAGCGAGGAGGCGAGGAGGAGGGAGGGUUUGAAUCAGGCAAAGGGAAGGGUGGGAAGUUGGGCGUGGGGGGUGAGGGUGCGAACCACAGGGAGGGCUUGGGUGCAGGUGGGUCUGGUAGGAGAGUGUAUGAGGAGAAAGAGGAGCAUGAGGCUGGGGAGGGUGUGUCUGAUCGCAAAGGGGACAGGGAGAGGGAGAAGGAGAGGGAAAGGGAUAAGGGGAGGGAGAGAGAGCGAGGGCAGGUUGAUAGCACCCCAGAGAGGGAGGUGAAGGAGGAGAGAGUGGGGGGCCAUGAGAGGGAGCCUGAGCAUCUGAAGGAGAGGGACAGGGAGUGGGAGCACGAGAGGGAUGGGGGGAGAGAGAGGGAGCAUGAGCGAUCAACUGUGAAAGAGAGACUGGGUGAGCGCGGCAGAAGUGGGAGGGAGAGGGGAGAGAGGGGGGAGAGAGUGGGUGGCAAGGAGGAGGAGCGGGGAGUGGAGCAGGAGCGUGUGUAUGAGAAGGAACGUGGGGAGAGAGAGCGUGGGGAGAGAGAGCGUGGUGAGAAGGGUGAGAAGGAGCGUGGAAUCUUCCCAGAGCGGAGCAUUGAGAGGGGAGGGGGUAUUCGUGUGGUGGUGAGGGAUGUGGCCGAGGAGGGGCGGGAGGAGGGGCAUGCACAGAGGCAUGGAGCAGGGCAGGGGCUUCGUCACUCGCUUGUGGUCGGUGUAACUGCACCUGCACCUGCUGGAAGAAUCAUUCAUGAGCCUCUCUCCCUACCUGCGCAGCUGGCUCCUACGAGCUCCUCGGCUGCUCUCCCUGCAAAGCGAAGGAAAAUCAAGCGGGAUCAGAGCCUCAUGCAGCCGCAUGGGGAUGCCAUGCAUUCGCCAGGCGUUUCCGGCCCGCCUGUGGCUAGCAUUGCAGCAGGUGGGCCGUCAGCGAUGCCCAUGCCGCUUGCUCCGCCGUUCCACUCAGGCGGGGUUCACCCGUCGCGUUCCCCUGCUGUGGUUAUGGCGGCUGGGGGUGGGCAUCGUGGUGGGCCGAUGCUGCAUGUGACUUCAACGCUUGAUGACCGUGCGGACAGGCGGUGGAUUGCUGAUGGUGGCGGCGGUGGCGGAGGUGGGGGCAGGAGAAGUGGUGAGGUUGAGUUGCCACCACCUUCACGAGGCGCAGGGCCUGCUAGGAGCUCCAGACUUGCUGGCAGGCUUGGGGAGCAGGAUGGUGGAGCGGGAGGGAGCUAUGAACGUAGCGGUCCUGGUCAAGGAGGGGGGAUGCGGGACGAGUCGUGGGAUGGCGACAAGGCGCGAAGGGAUGGUCGCAUGAGUAACAGACGCCAUUGA